UUUUGAACUGCAAUCUUCUGGUUGUUAGUCGUCGUUAUGGAUCAGUUUUACGAAAUCUUCGACUCAUAUGCUGAGCAGCUGGCUAAGCUUCCAAUGUUGCCAGUUUUACAGUGUGUCCACUACAUUAUUAUGAACUUGAAAUUACGCAUGGGAGAAGGUGCACUAUCCUUUGCCUAUUCCCAUCCAAUGUCUUCCUGGGUUUCCAGUAUAUUGACAUGUUUUGCUGGGACCUUUUUGACAAACUUCUUGUUGGGCAACUCUUUGCUGUCGCCACUGACAGAUUUGGAACAAAUUGCCAUCCUGUCUGUCAUUUGGUAUCUUGUAUUCUUUUGCCCUCUGGAUUUGUUCACCAAGGUCUUUAUGCUGAAGCCAUUGUGGAUAGCUCUUCUGGUUGUCAAAGAGGCCCACAGAGCAAAGAACAUUCUCAAGGGAGUAGAGAUAUCAUCAACACUUUACCAUGAUGCUUGGCUGGUCAUGAUAGCAGUAGGAACUGCAAAAGGAGCUGGCAGUAGACUUUUAAGACCUGUGGUUAUGUUUGCUCAAGGAAAAGUGGAUGCUGUUAACGAAGCGCUGUACCCAUCAUUUGUCACCAAACUAUCAAUUGUUGGAAGUAUUCUCUUUAUUGUGGUACAGAAGCGCAUAGUGGCCUUCACAACAGCUGAAGUUCUUCUGGGCAUAACUUGUGUGGGAGCAUUUCUUCAGGUCCUCAUGUAUCUCAGUAACACAAGUGACCCUUUUACCUAUUUAGAGAAAGCUGUGGCUGCUGUUCUUUUUAAAGAACCAGCUGAAAAGGCAGAUACUUCAGAUGCUAAGAAGAAAAAGGAAUAACCACUCUUAAUUUAAAUGAAGAAAGAGGAUACACCUUACUUUUGAUAAUUGUGUCCUUGCCUAGUGUGCAACAGGUUGGAAUAUGGCAAUCUGUCAUGGAAUGUCAGUCACAAAGACUUGCUGAUUGCUAUUAACCAAUCAGAAGAUUGUGUUAUUUGUCACAAAUAUGUGGUGAGGUUUUGUGUAAGCUUAUCCGAAAAAUUCCUCUCCUUCCUUUGAAAAAGGAACAGAGAAACCUUGGAAUGAGGUUGAGGUGUGUUGUCUUUGAGUGGUUUGGUGAAUGUUGAAAUAAAUCCUGAAAUGGCUUCGUGUUACUUUGA